CCUCCCUCGUGCCCGCCCGCCGCCCGCCGCCACUGCCGCCGCCGGAGCUCUGUAGUAUGGCAUCGAGGAGAAUGGAGACCAAACCUGUGAUAACCUGUCUCAAAACCCUCCUCAUCAUCUACUCCUUCGUCUUCUGGAUCACCGGUGUGAUCCUGUUGGCUGUUGGAGUCUGGGGCAAGCUUACUUUGGGCACCUAUAUCUCCCUUAUUGCUGAGAACUCCACAAAUGCUCCCUAUGUGCUCAUCGGAACCGGCACCACUAUCGUGGUUUUUGGCCUCUUUGGAUGCUUUGCUACAUGCCGUGGUAGCCCAUGGAUGCUGAAACUGUAUGCCAUGUUCCUGUCCCUGGUGUUCCUGGCUGAACUUGUAGCUGGCAUUUCCGGAUUUGUUUUUCGUCAUGAGAUCAAGGACACCUUCCUGAGGACUUACACGGAUGCCAUGCAGAACUAUAAUGGCAAUGAUGAGAGGAGCCGGGCAGUGGACCAUGUUCAGCGCAGCCUGAGCUGCUGUGGCGUGCAGAACUACACCAACUGGAGCAGCAGCCCCUACUUCCUGGAACAUGGCAUCCCCCCCAGUUGCUGCAUGAAUGAAACUGAUUGUAACCCCCUGGAUCUGCACAAUCUGACUGUGGCCGCCACCAAAGUGAACCAGAAGGGCUGUUAUGACCUGGUGACCAGUUUCAUGGAGACUAACAUGGGGAUCAUCGCUGGAGUGGCGUUUGGAAUUGCAUUCUCUCAGUUGAUUGGCAUGCUACUGGCUUGCUGUCUGUCCCGGUUCAUCACGGCCAAUCAGUAUGAGAUGGUGUAAAGAGAAGUCUUUCAAGAACUAUGGAAUAAGAGGCCUGUUUUCUAAAAGGAACUGCCGCUAUCUCUGAAAGACUUCCAAAGAACGUUAGAGCACAGUACAUAACAUCCCGCCCUGCUCCCACCACCCGCUCCCCCAAGCCCACCCCCGUGUGCAACUGACACUCCUAUCCAGUCUAUGCUCUGCCUUUCAGCGCACAUCAUGUGUAGUGUCCAUCUUGUGAAGCCCUGUUAUGCCACACAGUGUAGCCAUGCCCCCUGCAGCUAGUCAUAGUGAAUCCCACCCGAAAGCCCUGUGAGUGCCAGCUCUCUCAUAUGUACUUGGUCCAACUGUAGGUGACUGGUUAUCACAUCAUCACUGGCCCCUUGUGGCCCUGCAUGUAGUAGGGGAGGCUUCAGUCAGCCCCUCGCUGUGGUCCAUGAAUGCCACACACGUUUCCGUAAAUAAGCAGAUGGUAGUUAUCUUUUCUUUUGGCUUAAUCUGAUUUGGUUUGGUUUGCCCUUUACUGGGGUUCUUUCCUAUCUUCUUUACUGUCAAGACAUGUGGAGAGACAUAGUGGGAGUUAUUUAUGAGGCGAACACAGCAUGUGGCAUACAUGGUAGAAACUGUUGUUAAGCAUUAGGUGGCCUCCUUGCUCAUAAUUGUUCCACAUGUGGGUGUGGAGAGACAGCUUAGUGUAGGAUUUCCUCUCAGAUGAAACCUGUAUAAUCCUGUUACAAGGUUAUGUUGUUACUCUCCCUGAAGGCGCAUAUACUACUUCUGAUUUGCCACAACUAAUUUCUAUUAUUUUACUUUUUCUUUCUGUAUUUUUUUCCUUGCACUGACAUUAUAGACUUGGAGGACCUCAUCAGAUCAAUUUAAAGUGACUGUAGAGGGGAAAAGAAAGUCAAAAUAUUUUUUAAAGAUCUUAAAAAUAAUGCCUCUGUCUAGCAUGCCAACAAGAAUGCAUUGAUAUUGUGAACAUUUGUGAUAUAUGUAUUAAUAAAUAGAGCAAUUACAAA